UUGAUAUACAAGUUAUCUUUAAAGUACAAAUAGGUUUUAAGGAAGAAUAUAUGGUGGAUAUAGCAAAAAGUAUUGUGAAAGCAAAAAAAUCUGGAUUAUUUGCAUUAUUGAGAGAAGAGGAAGUUCAUCGUUCUAGGAAAAGUUCUGAGUGGAAGUCAUGGCGGCAGCACGUGAGCGCCGUAACAAUGCUGGGGCAAAGAUGUCCCAGCUACUGGAUGAAGAAGAAGAAGACGAUUUUUACAAGACCACAUAUGGAGGGUUUAGUGAAGAAGCAGAUGACGUGGACUACCAGUCGGAAGUUGAACAGGAUGAUGAGGUAGACUCUGACUUCAGCAUAGAUGAAAAUGACGAGCCAGUUUCUGAUCAAGAAGAAGAUAAUAAGGAAGGCAAGAAGAAACGAGGCAGACUUAUAACCAAGGCAUAUAAGGAACCAAAACCGGUGCCAAAAGGACCAAGCGUAGUGAAGAUCAAAGAGAAGAAGUCUCCAAAGAAACAGACUGUCUUUGACCCAGCAGCCUUAGAGAAAAAAGGGAUAAGAAAAUCAACACAGUUAAAAUCUGCUGAGACAGUGAAACGUCAGAGAGAGAGAGCAGAAGUGGAGAGAAAGCGAGCAAUGAGCAAAAGGGACAGGGCGCCCAGCCUGCCAAGAUUGACACAAGACGAGUUGCUAGAGGAGGCCAAAAUAACAGAGGAAAUCAAUCUCAAGUCAUUAGAGAAAUAUGAAUUAGCGGAACUGGAUCGAAAGAAACCCAAGGUUGUCCGUCGAGGAUUUACAAGUUCGUUCAUCCGAUAUCAAUCCACUGCAAUGCCAUUGAUUCAAGAAAUAAAGUCUUCAGAAGAUGUAGAAAUGGAGGAACCAAAUGUAGAAGUUGACAUUACUCAAGACCAAAUAGGUACCAGUAUGGCACCUGCUUCUGUACUAGUGGAUGACAAGGAAAACACGCUGACAAAACAAAAUGCAACUGAAAUAUGUGAAAGAACAUUUAUAACCUUCUCAGAUGAGGGGAGCUACAAGAGAGCUUUCAGAAAGUCCAAACCAAAAACUGUACAGAAGAAUAUUUGUCCCAUCACUCGUUUUGCAGCAAGAUACUUUGAUCCUGUGACUCAGCUGCCAUACGCAACCCUCCAAGCAUUCCGUGUCCUUCGGGAAGCGUAUUACCAACAGCUGGAAGAUAAAGGUGACCGGAAUAAUAAGGAGGUUGCAAAAUGGCUGGCUUGGCGACGUGAGUACAAAAAGGUCCGUGCUUCAGCUCAGAGCAUCAAGCCUACGGUUACAACCCUCCAACAGUCAUCGGCUGCUGUUGGUCCUUCCAUUCGCACACCAACACCAAAUACACCAGUUCAGUGUACAACAAUUCCACAGACUGUAUCUUACAGUUCUACAGGGAAUGGGAUAUCGACACCUACUUCAGCAGUAACAUCAGUAGCUGCAGUAGCUCAGAUAUUAAGAUCAGCUGUGCCAGCUUCAACUGCACUUAUGGUAACUACAGCUACACCAAGUACACUACCUACAACCACUACAUCCCUUGGUUCAAUUGCUGCUUCGUCACUGCACCUUGGUGGCAGGCCAAUUGCAUCUACUAUAUCUGCUUCACAACCAGGUGGGCUUGCUAGCCUUCAAGGGCAAACGGUUCAAUUGGUUCAAACUGUAGGCAGAGGAGUGAGCAGUACUGGCCGUCCCAGCCACCAAAUGGUAGUUGUAACUAGUGCUAGCGGCACUGGAGGAGUGCAGUUGGUGGGGAGUGGAACAGGUGCCAAUCUUCUGGUCCAAGGUGGCACAGGAGGAACUACCAAUCUUUUGGUUCAAGGUGGUACUGCAACCAGUGUAGGAAACCUCCAGAUUGUGCAGGCUAGUGGAGGCAGUGGAGUUCAGGUUGUGCAGGCUAGUGGUGGAGGGAAUGUUCAAGUUGUGCAAGCCAGUGGUGGAGGCAACGUCCAAGUUGUGCAAGGAGGACGCUUCACUAUUCGACCUGUAGCAAGUCAGGCCUUCACUAAUCUACAAUCUCUUCUUAAGUAAAUGCAUUGCAGAAACAA